AUGAGCCUCGACGCUUCCGUUGAGGACUGUUCGCAACCGGCGGCCAGUGAUCUACCGAACGGCAGUUUGGCCGCGAAAAACGACGACGGUCAGUCCGUGCGGAGAGCGAAGUUCAUGAAAGUCACUGAAAGUCACUGAAAAUCUGAAGAUUUCCCCCAAAAAUUGAUAAUUUUCGAAAAAAGUCCUCUCGCCUUUUCAUUCGAUUCUCAUCUAUUUCUGUCAUUUUCGUUCCGCUAAUCACUACCAUUAUCGUUGUCGUGUCGUCCUUUUUCCGUGCUUCCACCGCCCACCACCGCACCUCUCUAAUUUCCGCCCCAAUUUCAGCCAUGGACAUAUCGCCCGGCUCGUCAACACAUGAACGAGACCGCAAAGGAUCGUACUCGCAUCGAGAUUACCGCGAACGCAGUCACAGCGGAUCGCCGUCGCGGCUCUACACAAAAAUGGAGAAACGAGGCGGUUCGAGACUAGGAGGACGCCGGGACCGGGAUUCCAGGGAUUCCGUCACGCCGCCCUACAAACAACGGUCCGUUCGGAGCGCAAAAAUUUCACUUUAAAAAGUUUAAUCGUCUUUUACAAAAGAAACACGUGUUUUUUCGAAUAGCUCAGGCGAAGUGAUUUUUAGUAGGUCGCUAUGAAAUUCGCGGGAAACUCACCCAGAAAUGCAGAUUUCUUACUAGUUUUCUUCAUUUCGCACGUUUUGCAACCGUUUCUAGUGGUAAAACGUGACCACAGACAGGUUUUCCUCAAUUCCUCUAUCGGGCAGUUCAAACCAUUAGCUGAAACGACUGCUGUAUUUCCAGAAACUGGUCGAGUCCCGUGAGCAACUCGCGUCGAAGCGGCGGCGGAAGUGGAAGUGGAAGAGGUGGAGGCGGCGAUCGGGGACGCAACGAGAGCAGUCGUCGGAGGAGCAAGGAACGAAGGCGACGCGACAAACGGAGCCGCAGUCGCAGUCGACACCGAUCCCCGAAAAGGGGCACUUCGAAGAAGAGCAGACGGAGGGCCUCUUCCGGAUCCUCCUCUCCCGACGCGUAAGUGAUGCUCCUGCAAAUGAUCGGAAAACCCCAUGCAACUUUUGCGUAAAGCUCACCCAACUUUAGCUGGCAAGUUGCUUAAAUUCAGCGCAAACGUUACAGAUGUUAGCAUUGUGCGGACAAGUAUCCAAAACGGUUUGGGACGCAAGCGAAGAGCAUCAUGAAACAGGAUGUAAAAUGAUCCUGUUCAGGCGUGUUUGGGCGAAUUGAAGAGAGAAACUGCAGAAAAUGGUCAUAAGAGACAAAUUCCACCAUCCCGGAUAGAAAAACAGCGAAAAAUGCGACCUUUCCUUUCCUAAGCAAUUCUAAGCACGUAAAGCUUGGCUCCAUGGAAAAAUGUUCGAAAAACCUAGCAAAAAGUGCGUGUACACUGUCGAUCGUACCCGUUUUCCACUUUUCGGCGUCCCAUCCGAUUCACUCGCAUUCCCUGUCAACAAGGCGCUGUACGGCAGGUGGCCAGCCAUUCCGAGGUCAUUUCUCCGUUUUCGCUUCUUUUUCAGUUUUGAAAUGCAGUGUUUUCUGCCAUUUGCAAGCUCUCGAAAUCCGCCCACGUUCUGAACUGUGAGAAAAGAGAGAAAAUCGCAGCGGAAUCAAUCAAUUGCGUUGAUUUGAUACUCUUUUUUCCUUCCAAAUAGUAUAUCGUUUUCAUUCAUCGCGCCGGGUUGAACUGGAUAUCCAGUGCGAAGUGGGUCAGCGACGAAGCUUGAUCCGAUUUUUGCAAGAAGUGGGGUUUUCUGCAAAGUUUAUAGUAUCCCAGGCCUUCUGAAGCUCUCAAAUCAUCGACUUUGUGGAAUUUUAGCUGUAGCAUGAUCUAAUUUGAUCUAUUUGUCAAUGAUCUACCAAGUUCGCGGAAAUGAUCUCCUGUUUUGGUUGCGUUGCAAAGUGUUGCGAAGAACCUAUCCGUCUCUUUCUCUUCAAUUUCCCGUCAAUGGGUUUUCUCUCUCUCUCUCUCUCUCAUUCUCUCCAAUUUUUCUCUUCCUCUACACACACAUAUCCAUAAAAAGAAGAGAAAAAUGUCACAAAACAGAAGAGAGACGCUACUCUUUCUCUCUUCUUCUUCUUCUUCUUCUCGUUUCGGUUUUCCAACGGUGAAAAGCCGGCGUCUGACGGCGUGCGUCUCUCGUUUCUCUCGGCUCUCUUCACUCGCCGCACUCUUCCCUCUCUCCCUCUCUAGCUUCUUCUUCUUCGCCUUCUUCUCCGGUGUACGCCAUUCUUGGCUAUUCUACCGCUGCCCUCUCUACUCAUUUUGAGAGCACUCCUCCUCUGUGAUAUUUUAUUAAAACCUGCAUCUAGUCGGCUAGAAAAGUAAUCGAAUGCGCGCCAGUUCGAAUCAUGAACGCGAAAGAGGUCGACAGACGAAACGACAUGAUGGGUACGGUUUUUUUAGUUUUAAGACCCAAACUUGUCACAUUUGGUAGUAUAUCUCACUUUUCCGCACUCGCCAACACUGCUCUAAUCCUUGUCUCCAGUUACAGUAUGUCGUCCUCGCUGAUCGGCGAAAUAAAGAAGCAACACGGCGACAUCGGGUCGAGCAAAGGAUCGAAGAAGAAGAGUCGGAAGCGUCGGAAGCACUCGAGCUCAUCGUCGAGCAGCUCGGGCGAAGUGGUGAGUUGCCAUGGACACCCCCACCCAAGAAGUGCGAAUGCCCGAAAAUGAGUAAUCACACGGGAAUGCUACAAAUCUCGGGUUUGCUAAUGAGCUCCGCGGCUUAGAGCACUGGCCUUUGGCUAUUCGACUGUUUUCUAUUGUCCGUUUUGAACCCGUAAGGCCUGCAUGGACCGAAAGGUCUCAACGAGAGGAUUCCAGGUGUUUUCUUAACUUUUGCUGCCAAACUCUGAAACUCGUAAAAAUAGACUAUCAGAUGAGUUUUUAUCGAGUAUGUCGGCACCAAAAUAAAAAGUUUGUUUAGAAUCCUCUCGUUGAGAUCUUUCGACCCGUGUCGGUCUCGUUAGGGCACACCUCUCACAAAACAGUCUCCAUUUCAGCUGGACGGUCCGGCGUCGUCGAACGGAAUAAACAUGCCGACACCCCUGCCGCCGCCGCCCUCCUUCAUGCCGCACUACACGCCGAUACCCUUCAAUCCGCCAGUUCCGCCGUUGGUAAGCGAUCGUUUUUUGAGAAAAUCGAAAGGAAGAAACUUUGAAACCACUUUUAGACGUUCGGAAGAACUAAAACGGAGAAAGCUACGUUUUCAACUGAUUUUGUGUAGCAAUUUGUAUAAUUCUGACAUGAACCUUGGGAAGAAACUGAAAAAUAGCAGAUUUUGUUAGUCCGUGUGCAGACAGCGGUUGUUCAAAUAGCGGAAGGUUUAAAAAAAAACGUUUUGCGCGUGUGCUUUCCAUUUUCAGCCUUCUGAUUGGCUAAUUUCGCCAUUUGUGGCCUUGAAAAGUAAUUAGGAAGCCAAUCAGAAAGCUGCAAGUUAAAGGCGCACGCACAAACCGUUUUUUCUUAACUUUAACGUUUUCCGCUGUUUCGUGAUUUUCUGUUGUUUUGAGACUGUCUCGAUUCCAGUUGGUUCCAAGCCCAAUUUACAGUUCGCUCCGCCGCCGGACCGAUUCGUGCAGUUCCCGCCGCCGCCGCACCCUCCGCUGCCGUUCGUGAUUCCUCCGCCGCCGCUCGAACCUCCCCUGGUGGCCGCAGUCGAUUCGGUGUGUCUGUCGGCCAUUCCGCCGCCGCCGCUGCCCGUCGAGGUGCCCUCGAGUUCCCGUUUACCGAUGCCGCCGACGGAUUCGAAACGGAUGACGAGCCGGCCUGUGUAAGGUUCUCCGGGAAGGGAAAGUGAAGAAAUAGCCCAUUUUCAGUAUUAUAUCGCGACGAGGAGUGGCCGCACGUGCCGACUGGGGCGACUCGGACUCGUGGUACAAAACGACGUUGGCCGAUUAUGAAAUGCUCGAUCAGAUCGGCGAGGGCACCUACGGACAGGUCUACAAAGCGGUUAACAAGAAAACUGGUUGGUUUUUGCAAAAAGAGUUUUGUUUUGAAAAUUCGAGAAGUUGCCACGAAAAUUUGCUUGUUUACAAUGUUUUCCACGCAAAAUUUCGCCUGAAUUGCUCAAUUAGCCAGAUAUCCUACAUUUCUGCUAGUUUCCAACUCACAAUCUCUCGAAUUCAUUCGGUUAUUGUAGGUGUGCAAGUGGCACUAAAACGAGUACGACUGGAGAACGAAAAGGAGGGAUUUCCGAUCACGGCGAUUCGCGAGAUCAAGAUUCUCCGCCAGCUGAACCACAAGAACGUCGUGCGACUGUUCGACAUUGUGCUCGACGACAUUUCGGUGGAGGAGCUCAAAAAGACGCGCGCCAACUUCUACCUCGUGUUCGAGUACGUCGACCACGAUCUCAUCGGACUGCUCGAGUCGAAGGAGCUCAUCGAGUUCAGCAAAGAGCAAAUCUGCUCGCUGUUCAAGCAGCUCCUCGAGGGACUCGCCUACUGUCACAACACGGGAUUCCUGCACAGAGACAUCAAGUGCAGCAAUAUACUCGUCAACAAUAAGUGCGUUCCUGUUCAUUGAAAUUAGCUAUUAGAAGCCGGAAAGAAUCUGGGUGUUACUAGAACUCUCCUGUCAAAUAGAGUCCACAAAUUUGGAUAUUGUCGGUUUGCAGAGGAGAGCUGAAAAUCGCCGACUUAGGAUUGGCGAGGUUAUGGCAGAAGGAGACGAAGCGGCUGUACACGAAUCGAGUCAUCACUCUGUGGUACCGACCGCCCGAGUUGCUGCUCGGCGACGAGUGCUACGGACCCGCCGUCGACGUUUGGAGUGCCGGGUGAGCGAUUUCAAAGAAAUUUAGGCUUUUUCAGGCAAAGCAUCAACUCGAACCGCUUUUCGUGAGAAAAAUUAGGAAUUGCUCGAAAUUAAACAUCCAGUGUUCGGCAACUCCUUUCACAUUUUCAGAUGCAUGCUCGGCGAGCUGUUCACUCGCAAACCGAUAUUCAACGGAAACAACGAACUGCAACAACUGGAUCUCAUCAGCAAAGUAUCGUUUCCCCCUGUUUCCUCUACAAUUUUCCUCUUUUUGCAGCAAUGCGGCACUCCGAACCCGGACAACUGGCCGACGCUGACGGAACUGAUCGGCUGGAAGACGUACAAACCACGCAAGAUGUACAUUCGACGCAUUCGGGAGGAAUACGAACAGUACGCGUCGGCCGAAAGGCUCCACACCCUGUGAAAUGUGCGUUGUUGCAGCAUAAUGCCCCGCGACGCCGUCGAUCUGCUCGAUAAGAUGCUCACUUUGAAUCCGGACAAGAGGAUCUCUGCCAAAGAGGCCCUCCUGCAUCCGUGGAUCCGAAGUCUCGACAAUGCCGUCGUACAGCCGUUGCUCUUGCCCAAGCAUCAGGUUUGCACGGAAAAAGCUGCAAAAAUUGGCAUCUCCAAGAAAUAUUUCGGAACUAAAAUUAGCUUAAAAUGAGCUGAAAAGCAUAAACUUCCAAUAAAAAUGUGCAGUUUUUCAUGAAAAUGCGUAAUUGUGUGCGUUCAGGACUGUCACGAGAUGUGGAGCAAGAAGCAGAAGCGGGAAGCCCGAAUGGGACGACGGAAUGAAUCGGAGGCGGGCGGAGGGGCGGCCGGAUCGAGCGGAAGCGGUCACAGCAGGGCAAACUCGCAUCCGAGAGGUAAUUACGAAGGGAUCUAGCUGCUGGCGACCCUCUCUCAAUACAGUACCAUUCGUUCUCUUUUGUGUCGUUGUACAAAAAAUUGCUGUUACCUGAUUUUCCUUGAAUUUUCGCCCAAAAAGGACAAUACUAAUCGCGUGCUGAAGUUUAAGGUUCGAUGCCGACAUCCUCCUCCACAAGCAACUCCAUCCAUCCGGGACCGAAAACGAACGGAUCCGUGCUCGGGGGCAUUCCUCCGCCACCGCCGCCGCCCCCGCUCAUGGGCAUCGCCCUCGGACCGCCGCCGCUUCCGCCCCACCUCCCCAAGUGA